CGACACCCCUUCCACGUCCUCAGCGUCCGCCAUGUCUGCAUACCCCGCAUAUGUUAUGGGCACUCUGUGCAUCGUAGGCGGCCUCACCGGCUUCGCGCGCACGCGCAGCAUCCCCUCUCUCGUCGCAGGCGUUGGCGUCGGUGUGCUGUACCUCUGGAGCGGAGACGCAAUCCGCAAGGGCACGGCCAACGGUCUGGAGGCGGCCUUCGGUGCCUCCGCGCUCCUGCUUCUGUCGUCGGCGCCGCGCGCUGCGAAGGGGCCAGUGCCUGCCGUCCUGACUGCGACAUCGGCCGUCACGGGCUACUACUACGGCAAGACUGUGUACGCGCUCCGGCAAUGAGCGCGCGGAGGGCUGCUUGUAUGUACGAUAGUUGUAUCUCUUGGGUUAUACCAUGCUCGAUCUGGAUCAUA